UGAGAUAUUGUUUUCAGACAGAAUCAGUUUGGCAGGUGCUGAUAGAAGUGACAGAGUUUGUCACUUCAAGGGCCAACAACUGUGGCUGAAGCCAUGGGAUUUCUCUUAAGAUUUCUGCUGUUGUCCUUGCUAGCAGUUGGAAGACAACAAGCAAAUGCUUACAGGAUUGGAGCUACGAAGUAUGGCGAUAAUGUGCCAGUUGCAGGCUAUGAACCAGAUUCAAGUAGCCUCAACAAUGGAGACAAAUCUUUAUGGCGCACAGGGCCAUUAGACAGUGGAUCACAGGAAACAAACUACCAGUUUGUGCCAAACCUACAGCAUUUGUUCAGAUUCCCCCAGCAUCCUUAUGACCAGCCCCAGCAACCACAGCCACGGGGGCACCAGCAGCCUCAACUGCAGGGGCCCCAACUGAAUAGCUAUCUGCUGCCUAGCUUCCUGCCUCAUCCCCAACCGCGGGUGCUCCAGCGGCCUCUGCCCCAUCCACAGACUCACCUGCUGCAUAGCUACCUGCCCAAGCAGCCUCAGUUGCCCCAGCUGCCCAGCUACCCGCCCAACCCGUUUCAGCCAGAGGAGCCCCAGCACCCUAGCUACCCGCCCAAGCGGCCCCAGAUUCCCCAGCACCCUAGCUACCCGCCCAACCCGUUUCAGCCUCAGGUGCUCCAGCUGCCCAGCUACCCGCCCAACCCGUUUCAGCCAGAGGAGCCCCAGCACCCUAGCUACCCGCCCAAGCGGCCCCAGAUUCCCCAGCACCCUAGCUACCCGCCCAACCAGUUUCAGCCUCAGGUGCUCCAGCUGCCUAGCUACCCGCCCCAGCAGCCCAGCUACCCGCCCAAGCGGCCUGAGCCCCAGGUGCCCCAGCAGCCUCAGGUGCCCCAGCUGCCCAGCUACCCGCCCAAGCGGCCUAGUUACCCGCCCAACCAGUUUCAGCCCCAGGUGCCCCGGCGGCCCAGCCACCCGCCCCAGCGGCCUGAGCCCCAGGUGCCCCGGCGGCCCAGCCACCCGCCCCAGCGGCCUGAGCCCCAGGUGCCCCGGCGGCCCAGCCACCCGCCUGAGCCAGAGGAGCCCCAGCGGCCCAGCCACCCGCCCCAGCGGCCUGAGCCCCAGGUGCCCCAGCUGCCCAGCCACCCGCACAAGCGGCCUAGUUACCCGCCCAACCAGUUUCAGCCUCAGGUGCUCCAGCUGCCUAGUUACCCGCCCAACCAGUUUCAGCCUCAGGUGCUCCAGCACCCUAGCUACCCGCACAAGCGGCCUAGUUACCCGCCCAACCAGUUUCAGCCCCAGGUGCCCCAGCAGCCCCAGGUGCCCCAGCGGCCCAGCCACCCGCCCCAGCAGCCCCAGGUGCCCCAGCAGCCCCAGGUGCCCCAGCAGCCCCAGGUGCCCCAGCGGCCCAGCCACCCGCCCCAGCAGCCCCAGGUGCCCCAGCAGCCCCAGGUGCCCCAGCGGCCCGGCCACCCGCCCCAGCGGCCUGAGCCCCAGGUGCCCCAGCUGCCCAGCCACCCGCCCCAGCGGCCUGAGCCCCAGGUGCCCCAGCUGCCCAGCUACCUGCACAAGCGGCCUAGUUACCCGCCUAACCAGUUUCAGCCUCAGGUGCUCCAGCUGCCUAGUUACCCGCCCAACCAGUUUCAGCCUCAGGUGCCCCAGCUGCCCAGCUACCCGCACAAGCGGCCUAGUUACCCGCCCAACCAGUUUCAGCCCCAGGUGCCCCAGCAGCCCCACCCCCCGCCCCAGCGGCCUGAGCCCCAGGUGCCCCAGCGGCCCGGCCACCCGCCCCAGCGGCCUGAGCCAGAGGAGCCCCAGCGGCCCCAGGUGCCCCAGCGGCCCAGCCACCCGCCCCAGCGGCCUGAGCCCCAGGUGCCCCAGCUGCCCAGCUACCUGCACAAGCGGCCUAGUUACCCGCCCAACCAGUUUCAGCCUCAGGUGCUCCAGCUGCCUAGUUACCCGCCCAACCAGUUUCAGCCUCAGGUGCCCCAGCUGCCCAGCUACCCGCACAAGCGGCCUAGUUACCCGCCCAACCAGUUUCAGCCCCAGGUGCCCCAGCAGCCCCACCCCCCGCCCCAGCGGCCUGAGCCCCAGGUGCCCCAGCAGCCCCAGGUGCCCCAGCGGCCCAGCCAGCGGCCCCAGCGGCCCAGCCACCCGCCCCAGCGGCCCCAGGUGCCCCAGCGGCCCGGCCACCCGCCCCAGCGGCCUGAGCCAGAGGAGCCCCAGCGGCCUGAGCCCCAGGUGCCCCAGCUGCCCAGCUACCCGCACAAGCGGCCUAGUUACCCGCCCAACCAGUUUCAGCCCCAGGUGCCCCAGCAGCCCCACCCCCCGCCCCAGCGGCCUGAGCCCCAGGUGCCCCAGCGGCCCGGCCACCCGCCCCAGCGGCCUGAGCCCGAGGAGCCCCAGGUGCCCCAGCGGCCCGGCCACCCGCCCCAGCGGCCUGAGCCAGAGGAGCCCCAGCGGCCCCAGGUGCCCCAGCGGCCUGAGCCAGAGGAGCCCCAGCUGCCCAGCCACCCGCACAAGCGGCCUAGUUACCCGCCCAACCAGUUUCAGCCUCAGGUGCUCCAGCUGCCCAGCUACCCGCCCAACCAGUUUCAGCCUCAGGUGCUCCAGCUGCCCAGCUACCCGCCCCAGCAGCCCCGCCCCCCGCCCAAGCGGCCUGAGCCCCAGGUGCCCCAGCAGCCCCGCCCCCCGCCCCAGCAGCCCAGCUACCCGCCCCAGCGGCCUGAGCCCCAGGUGCCCCAGCAGCCCAGCUACCCGCCCCAGCGGCCUGAGCCCCAGGUGCCCCAGCAGCCUCAGGUGCCCCAGCAGCCCAGCUACCUGCCCAAGCAGCUGCCUAACUCUCUGCUGUCUCAGCUGCCUAGCUAUCUCCUCCAUCUGCUGCCCCAGCACCCCAGCCAUGUGCCCCACGAGCCAAGUUAUUUGCUCCAGCUGCUGCCCCAGCAGCCCCAUCCUCCUAGCUCUCUGCCCCACGUCCCCCAGCCCCAGGAGCCCAGUUACCGGUCUUUCUGGCCUCCUCAGUGGCCCAGCCACCAGCCACAGGGGGUACAUGUGCCGCUGCCGCACCGCUACAAACCCCAGUAUCCGCAGAUCAGUUACUCACCCCUGCAGCUGGAGGUUUCUAAGCAGCCACACUACAAUGGCUGGCCAACUGCGACACAAGGAGUUGCCCCUGAAAGGGAUACAAAUGGGCACUACAACAUGAAGAUGAAUCAAGGAUGACCUUCAGCUGACUCAUUGUAUGACUUAAAAUAAACCUUGAUCUGUAAUUACU